UUCCCCCUGCAUGCCUUCUGGGGCCCUUGCAUGCCUGGGGUUUUUGAAGCUAUCGCGGAGCUUCCACCUGCGGCAACCCAGCGGCAGGUGCAGAAUGCACUUUCGUCUGAAUUGAACAAAUUGAUCGUCGAGCCAAAGCUAGCCACAACAUUGUUUGGCCAAUUGAGCAAACGUGGCAAGCUGCAAUUGGCGCUGCAUGUUUUUCGCACUUUGCAACUAGCACGUGCAGAGACCAACGUGUUUCAUUAUGGGGCAUUGUUGUCGGCUUGUUCCCGCAGUGAAAAGGUUGGGUGGCAGGUGGCUGUGGAGCUGUUUCAGGAAAUGCAAGACCAAAGCUUGCAACAAAGCCCCAUAUGCUGCAAUGCAAUUAUUAGCGCUUGCGACAAAGGCGGGCAAUGGCAAUUGGCCCUUGCCUUUUUGCACGGAAUCAAGCCAGAUGGCAUUGAAGUGAAUGAGUUCUGCUACAACUCUGCCAUCAGUGCUUGCGCUCGCUCUUCACAGUGGCAGACGUCGAUCGGCUUGCUAGAUGAGCUGACAUCACUUUCCAUGUUUCCAACCGAAAAGAACUACAACUCCGCCAUUAGUGCCUGCGAGAGAGGCGGAGAAUGGGAGUUGGCAUUGUCACUCCUCCAAGAGAUGAUGCACAUGAGAUUGUCCUACACUGCUUGGAGUUACAGCGCAGCUAUCAGUGCCUGUGAAUGUGCAAGUCAGUGGGAGUCAGCCCUUCAGUUUCUGCAGAGCAUGUCUUCCACAAGAUGCCUACCAGACACUGUGAGCUGCACUGCUGCAAUGAAUGCAUGUGCAAAGGCCGCAAGAUGGGAAGCAUCUCUAUGGCUUCUCGCAGAAAUGGAUGAUUUUGUGCUCGAUCAAUAUUGCUUCAAUGCCGCUAUGAGUGCUUGUGAAAAGUCGGGCAGGUGGGAGCUUGCAGCGUGCGUGUUCGAGAUGAUGUUUUCGCACAAAGCUUCUCCUGGACUCAUCACGUACAAUGCUGCCAUCGGGAGUUGCAAGCGCAGUGGCCAGUGGGAAAGAGCUCUCCUGCUGUUGCAGGAGACAUUCGCAUGUGCUUUGCUUCCGGAUGUCAUCACAUACAACUGUGCUAUUGGAGCGUGCAAUAUGGCAAGCAUGUGGGAGAUAGCUUUGAACCUGUUUGAAAUCUUUGCUCAGCAUACUUCCGAUCCUGCAGACUCUAUCUCAGCUCCAGACGGCUCCACAUUCACCGAAUUAGCUGGUGCACUCGAGAAGUCGAAGGAAUGGAGAAAAUCUCUGCAGAUUUUGUCCAUCGCGCUGUCCAAAAACAUUGUGCCAGAUGGUACCUUUGCUGGAUCCGUUGCAUCAGCUGUAGCUGAUGCUUGUGGUGAAGCAGCAGCUAUGUCUUUGUUACGAGAAAUGCUGAAGAAGUGGUACGCGAGUAAAGCAAGUGACAUCAGUGACAUCCGCCUGGAUGAUCCGGCAGCGAAUGCUUCGGACGUUCUCCCAGGGACAGCUGUUGACGGUGUUGAAGUACUUGCAAGACGCCCAGGGGUUGUGGUUCUGAUGAAACCUUCUGGACUCAGUACAGAAAGCAUGAUGGAAAUGGUAUUUGGACGACUUUGGACUGCAAGUGUCCAGACAGUGUCAAGGCUGGACUAUCCAACGUCAGGUGUCAUACCUGUUGCCAUGGGUCCAGAGGGUUCUAUACCUUGCCAGUGGCUGCAAGCACAGUUCUCCGCGAAGCUUGUCAAGAAGGAGUAUUUGUGUCUUGCAGAGGGACCGUUCUUGGGCGAGAUUGGUGAAACUGGCAGUAUUUCGAAGCCUUUGCGAUCAUUUGGCACUGACUCAUUGAGAACAGAGGUCCAUCCUGAAGGAAGGUUUGCAUACACAGGAUACGAGAUAUUGGAGAGGUUCAGAGCAGGCGACCUUGGAGAGAUCAAACUACUAUUGGCAAAGCCAGCAACAGGCCGCACACACCAAAUCCGAGUUCAUUUUGCGAGCAUUCAGCAGCCACUUGUGGGUGACGAGACGUACGGAGCGCAAGAAUCUCUUUUGGCAAGCUGUCCUCGCUUGUUCUUGCAUUGCCAAAGGAUUUUGUUGGAGGACAUCAGCGGGCAAACCUUGGUUGCUGCAGCGGGUUUGCCAGCAGAACUCCAGGAUGUUUUGAAUGUUUUGAGACUGAAAGAGAAGGCAGAAAAAAAACAAGUUUUCAGGACAGUGUAA